GUGGACCUAGUGGGGUCUCCAACUCAGAGAUGUUCCCGGGCCAAGUUGGAAACAAUGUGAGGCAACAAGCAAUGUUGGGCUGUCGAAUUGGAGUGCGUAUGUGCUCUGUGGGGAGCAGCUACUUCUCAGUCCAUUCUUGCCACAGGAAUUUCAGCUAUAUGUCAGCAAGACAAGUAUUUGAAAAUUCUGCUACCAAGAGGCCUCUAACUAUGCCUCACCAGGGCCUGCUCCUUUUUAGGAUGGCUCCUCUGUGCAUGCUGCUCGGUAUGCUAAUGGUUUCCUGCUUCAACUUCUGCCUCUGUCAUAAGAACUCGGAAUUUGCACUGACCAACCCAGAGAAGAGCAGCGCCAAAGAAACAGAGAGAAAGGAAACCGUAGCAGAGGAGGAACUGGAACCCAAGAUUUUGGAGGUGUUUCACCCGACCCAUGAGUGGCAGGCACUUCGUCCAGGUCAGGCUGUUCCUGCAGGAUCCCAUGUGCGGCUGAAUCUCCAGACUGGGGCAAGGGAAGUGAAACUCCAAGAUGAGGACAAGUUUCAAACCAAUUUGAAAGGGUCGAAAAAAGGCAAAAGGCUGGACAUCAACACCAAUACCUAUACAUCUCAGGACCUCAAGGACGCACUGGCAAAAUUCAAGGAGGGCGCAGAGAUGGAAAAUUCAAAGGAAGACCAGGAAAGGCAGGCCAAAGUUAAGCGGCUCUUCCGACCCAUUGAGGAGCUGAAGAAGGACUUUGAGGAGCUGAAUGUUGUCAUUGAGACAGACAUGCAGAUCAUGGUACGAUUGAUCAACAAGUUCAAUAGUUCCAGCUCCAGCCUGGAAGAGAAGAUUGCUGCACUGUUUGAUCUCGAAUAUUAUGUCCAUCAGAUGGAUAAUGCACAGGACCUGCUUUCCUUUGGUGGCCUUCAGGUGGUGAUCAACGGGCUCAACAGUACAGAACCCCUGGUGAAGGAAUAUGCAGCGUUUGUGCUGGGGGCUGCCUUUUCCAGCAACCCAAAGGUCCAGGUGGAGGCCAUUGAGGGGGGAGCCUUGCAGAAACUGCUGGUCAUUCUGGCCACGGAGCAGCCUCUCACCACAAAGAAGAAGGCCCUGUUCGCCCUGUGCUCCUUGUUACGACACUUCCCCUAUGCCCAGCAGCAGUUCCUGAAGCUGGGGGGGCUGCAAGUGCUGAGAAGUCUGGUCCAGGAGAAGGGCAUGGAGGUGCUGGCCGUGCGUGUGGUCACGCUGCUCUAUGACCUGGUCACCGAGAAGAUGUUUGCGGAGGAGGAUGCCGAGCUGACACAGGACAUGUCCCCUGAGAGGCUGCAGCAGUAUCGCCAGGUGCACCUCCUGCCCAGCCUGCAGGAGCAGGGCUGGUGCGAGAUCACCGCCCACCUCCUGGCGCUGCCGGAGCACGACGCCCGCGAGAAGGUGCUGCAGACGCUGGGCGCCCUCCUGGCCACCUGCCGGGACCGCUUCCAUCAGGACACGCAGCUCCACAGGACACUGGGCACACUGCAGGCUGAGUACCAGGCACUGGCCGCCCUGGAGCUCCAGGAGGGCGAGGACGAGGGUUACUUCCGGGAGCUCCUGGACUCCAUCAACAGCUUGCUGAUGGAGCUGAGAUGAGGCUGCCCCUGACACUGGGAUGCUCCUUGUGAGACUGAGGGGCACCAGCUUGGGUGGGCUCUUCAGGGGAUACCAGGCAGUAGGGAGGACUUCCCUUCUGGGGCCUGAGCAUCAUCUGGGCAGUGCUGGCUUGGCCAUUAAAUGGAGGCAUGACAGCCGAUGUCUACUUGUGUCUGUGCGGUCUGGGCACAGCGCUUUGGUGGUCGCUGGGUGACAGGCCCCUGAGGUUCCCUGGUGCUGUGCUGGGUGGUCGCCUGGUAAUGGGCCCCGUGGGAAGGAUCCAGGCCCAGGAGUUAAGAGAAUCCCAGCUAGACCUUGCUCUCUCCCACCAGUGGCUCUGUGACUUUGGGGUGACACUUAGCUUCCCUGAGACCGUUUGCUCCUCUGUCAGAGGGGAAUGCCAUUAAACGCGAGAAGACACACAGAAAGCACCA